GCCGCUGUGUGAAUUCACGGAGUAGUACAGAACUUAUUGUGGCGGAGCGUUAUCGCGAGACUUGUGCCAUUAUCAACCUGCUUUGACACACACACAGCAGCGCUGUGAGUGCAGCCUGCCUGCCUUCCCAGGGUCGGAACUGGAAGCCUCAAGAAACGGCAAGAAGGAGCGAACAUCUGGCCGCACAUCAUGAGAGCACCCCGGAGCUUAUAGAAGGGGAGGCAAAAGACGACGACGGGAGCGGUGAUACGUGAGAAGCGCCGGCGCGUUUCGGAGGCGCAGAAAUACCCAUUUGGGAAUUAUUUGGAGGGGGAUCCUUUCACUUCGAGAAGCAAAGGUUAUGAAGGAAGAAUGGAGUUCCCAGACCAUAGCCGCCAGUUGCUGCAAUGUCUGAGUCAGCAGCGUCACCAAGGCUUCCUCUGUGACUGCACUGUUCUCGUUGGGGAAGCUCGGUUCAAAGCGCACAGAGCUGUGUUAGCCUCCUGCAGCAUGUACUUCCACCUCUUCUACAGGGACCAGCUGGACAAAAGGGACGUUGUGCAUCUCAACAGUGACAUUGUGACGGCCCCGGCUUUCAGUCUGCUCCUUGAAUUUAUGUAUGAGGGGAAGCUGGAAUUCAGCACCCUGCCUGUGGAGGAUGUUCUGGCCGCAGCCAGCUACCUCCACAUGUACGAUAUAGUAAAAGUGUGCAAAGGCAAACUUAAAGAUAAGGAACUUUCCUCCCUGGAUGAGAAGUUAGGGGAGGGUUUGGGGCUCGGCUGCCUGGACAGGGAGAAUUCCUCUGAUGGUGAGCUGCACUGUAAGCAGCUCAUUCAGCGCCACUCUCAGGGGCUUCAUAAGGCCCCCCCUGUGGAAGAGUUUGACACGGACAACAGUGAAGUCAGUCUGGCUGUCACAGAUUGUGAUAGGUCUGCGCCGAGCAGGCAGAAGGCGAACGGUCACUCUGUCAGGUCCCCGGACCUUGUAGGUGUCAAUUAUAUGUCAGCGGAGGCCGAGACCUGCGUCCAAACAGCUGGAAAAACAAAAGCUGAUGUCAGUAGCUCAACCGUAUUGUCGUCCCAGAGGUCCCGGGCUUCAGAUGACAUGGACUGUGCGCUGGAUUUGUCUUUCAAGCCUCUGUCUAGCAGAGAUCUUUUACACCCCUCCUAUGUCUCGGGACAGCUGGCCCUCGACAGCCAGCAGCAGGGCACUGAGCCACUUGUUAAAGACGAACACGACUUGCUGUCAGAGCAGGAGGACAGUGAGCCGAUGAGCCCUGAGAGCCAGCGCUUUGGGAAUAGUGCCAGGAGCUCAGUGGUGACAGGGUUCGCUGCCCUCUUCCCAGGCAACAACGGCGCUACAGCCGCCCUGCUCUCCCAGGAGGAGGACCUGAUGGACGAGGAGGGGGAGACCUGUGGGAGGAGGGAGGGCGCCCCAGGCAGGGAGGUGGAUGGGAGGGGCAGGCUGCUAGGGGACAGCGAGGAAGAGGAGGAGGAUGACCUGGCCUCUUCAGACAUCUCCACCUCCAGCGGGGUGCUCCUGCCCCCGGGGCAACAGGUGUGUGUGUGUCCCCUCUGCAGCAAAGUUUUCCCCAGCCCCCACGUGCUACAGCUGCACCUCAGCUCACACUUUCGCGAGAAGGACGGCGCCCGCUCCAAGCUGUCCCCGGACGGUUCCGUCCCCACAUGCAUGCAGUGCAACAAGACAUUCUCGUGCAUGUACACCCUUAAACGGCACGAGCGCACUCACUCCGGAGAGAAGCCUUUCACCUGCGCCCAGUGUGGCAAGAGCUUCCAGUACUCCCACAACUUGAGUCGGCACGCCGUGGUUCAUACGCGUGAGAAGCCUCAUGCUUGCAAGUGGUGCGAGCGACGCUUCACUCAGUCCGGGGACCUUUACCGCCACAUCAGGAAGUUUCACUGUGGCCUUGUUAAAACUCUUGCCAUUGGAUAAAACACCUCUCACCAGUGCCAUAUAAGACAGAAUGUCCUUUCAUACACUGAAUACUACUACUGAACCAUUUUUGCUGUUCCUAUACACAGUUUGUUAAAGACAUAUCUUGGGGCAUAUCUUAAGCUUAUAAAGAUGUAGCAACUUUCAAACUGGAGCUGCUUCUUGUGCUGGACUAUGUCAGAGGCUGCUGAGAUUAUUGGAUCUGUGUCACAGGGAGGACAACAAAACAGAUGAUGCACUUGAUAGUUUCUGUCUUGUUUAUUGUCAGUCUGUUGAGUUUAUUUGAUGAGCAUAUUUGCAGAAAAGUUAAAAUCCUUUUGGCAAUGAAUAAUGCUUACACACAAUUGUGAGAGAGAAAGCGAAGAGGUUUGUUUGUGCGCGUGGGAGAUCAGAACCGUCCGUGAGUAGCAAUAUAUGAUUUUGUUUUCUUUUUAAACGCCUACAUUAUUUUAUUAUUUAUUUUGGGGCCGUUUUUAGCCUUUAAACUAUCAUGAAGCAGAAACACAAUUGAAGUUUAACUAUUGGAUGUAUGAAUUUUUACUGUUUGUUUUUGGAAAUUAAGUUUUUAUGUUGUAUGAAAAGAAGCAAGACCAUCAUAUGUUUUCUUUUUCCUUUUUGAUGGAUUCCGAUUCCAGCUCCUUUGGUUUGGAGCACAUCUUGGUUCAAUGUUUGUUUGUUUUUUUGUCAUUAUAAGGAAUAUGAAGCAUUAAAGUAAAAAAAGGUUCAUUGACAAAUAUAGUAGUCUAACAUAAAAUCAAGGAAUUAUAAGAAUAUCCCCAAUUAUGCAUCAAAGCAUAUAGCCCUAACCUUAUCUGUAUUUGUUUUCUAAAUUUAACUCAAAAAAGUGCACUAAAGCAAAUGCUGUUAAUAAUCUAUUUAAAGUCAUAAAACCAGAACGUUUUUAAUAAACAGGAAACAAAAUCUCAUUUCUUAUCAUUUCACCUGCUGAUCCUCAGUCAGAACAGACUGUGGGAAAUUUAGCCUCAUUUAAUCAAUGGAUGAUUGGUUUCUUAAUUACUAGUAAUUUAAAUCAUCUUUAGCAAGAUUCUCUGUAUUACCUAGACAUACGACUAGUCGUAUUACGACUAGUUGAUUACGAAUCAGAGCAGAUCAAGGGAAAAUUGGCUGAUUCUGGUCUCUGGCCGACUGAUCAGUGCAUCUCUAGUAAAUCAGUGAGUAAACGUAAUCCAUCCAUCAAAGAUAUUUUAUUGGAAAAUUUCCCUUUUUUUUUUUGCUAUAAGCAAGAUCAUCUGCAUAAAAUAGUCGCAUAAACAGUUAGUCUGGCAUGUUUUCAUAUGCAAAAACCACGACAGAACAAAAAUGGUGAUAGUUCUUGGUUUAUAUUUAAUAAAUAGGGGGAAAACGGAUUUUCUUCAGUAUACGACCUGCUAAUUACAGAUCUGAAGAGGAAUUGCCUGAUUCCGAUCUCUGACUGAUUGAUCAGUGCAUUUCUAGAAAGUUAUAAAAAAACUAACAUCUGUAACACUGUUGCCUAAUGAAAUUCUUAAUGGUUAACCUAGUGUACUUACUAAAAUAACAGAUGUUGCCAUGCUUUUCAUGAUUUUUUGAACUGUUGAAGCCUUGGACAAAUGUGGAUUACCUUCAACAUAUCAAGUAAUAAGUGCGUCUUUUUUUAAAUAGAUCCAGAAGCGUUACCAGUUACCGGAAAAAAAAAAGCAAUAUGUAAUAAAAUAACUAAAUCUAGUUUGCGUUAUUUGCGACUCAUUUGGGUCAGAUGCAGUCGGUGGCUGGUAAAUGAUCUUAUUUCUUGGUAUGGCAAAAGGUACACUGAUGGCACAGAAUUGAAAUUAGAAGGUAUCAAAGUUGUGUCAUUCAGCUGCUUCUACUGAUGUCUCUCCUUGUUUUGCACCGCUGUAUGUGUCUAAGUUACUACUGAUGAAGUCUUUGUCCAUGUUGGGGCAGGAAAUGGUUCUGUUUGUUCAUGCAUAGGUGCUGUUAUGGAUUCUUAACCGGGGAGUAUCUCUAAAAGUUCAUAAUAUUCAUCUAAUCUGUCCUGAAAAGACUUGAUCAGAACUUAUUUAUUAGUUGGACUUGGUUCAGGGUUUACUUGUAGGUGUUUGUUUCAGUUUUUUUGCCUAGCGAUCUUGGUACACAUUAACUGGUGUUGGGUCUGUCUGUUUAUUUUCUCUGCAAAUCAACUUACUGUAAUUGUAUUUUAAUAUAUAUUGUUUGGAAAAUCUGUCCAGAGUUUUCAAGAUUUCUCACAUGGAACACAGAGAAGCACUUGUUUUUAGCAUGCAUAACAUUUCAACACUAUUGUCUAGGCUGCUAUUUCUUACUAUUUGUGUAUUUAUUGUAAAUAUAUAUUAUAUUUAUCAAAUUGGUUUGUUUUUUCCCCAUGUUACAGUGUGUGAGUUGACACAUCUUUUUCAAGUUGUUUCCUUUUCCACGUUCAUGAGUCUAUUGAACUUUCUUCUAGCUACAAAUCAUUUAAAAGCGCUCCGACAUCUGCUCUGACAGGUGAAACAGUUGUUCACAAGCACAGCCGCACCGACAAGGUACUGUCUACCUAUAGAAACCAGACAAUUCAGGCAUUGUCCCCACUGCUUCCCACCUCCUUCGCCUCUCUUCCAAUUCCAGGUAGUUCUCAAGGGAUCAUUGUGUAUCUCUCUGCUCUCCAAAGCUAUGGAGAGAAAAGGCAUUUCAAGCCUUUUUUUGCACUUUUUUUCUGGGUUGAAUGGAGCCAGUGGAAUGUGAGAAAUGUAUUUAGCAAAGGCAAACUGUAAACAGGUGCAUUGUUUGGAGGCUUCAAAGCAUGUGGUGGAAAAAGGUCAAUUGUUCCCUUAAUAAAAAAAUAGAACAAGAUUUAUAAUUUAUCUGGUCUUUAGAGAAAAUCAAAUGGAUUUUGACGUUAUUUCUCAGAAACAACCAUUGACAUUUUUACUUAUGAGUAAGGAGGAGGACUGUGCUUGGAAUUGCUAGAGUUUAAUUUCUCACUGAUUCAAACCCAGCAGUGAUGCUUGAGUGAAAUAAAACACUCCUUUUUCACACAAUCACUUCAAAAGACAUAAGUUUUGAUAAGUGCUUGUAAAGAUAAUUUGAAACAGAGCGCAAAUGAAUGUAGAUUUUCUUUUUUCAAGGACUGUUUUUUUUUUCUGAUCCUCUAAUGUACAGCAGUAGAUUAACUAACAUGUAAAAAAUGAAAAACAUUUUGUUUGCUGUUUUUAUUUAUACCUCCAGGAUGAUCACCAAAUGUGCCUUGUAGACACACGAAUCGGUGCUGCAUCUGGAGAAACCUAUUUUUAAUUGUUUUUUUUUCCCGCCUCACAACAACAAUGCCCUGCUGAUAUCAACAUGUACAUCGCAGUUUUUCUUUUAAAUAUAAAAUGUUCGGGCAAAAAUAAAAACAGUUGAUUAGUGAUGCAUUGUGAGAGAUUAAACAGAGGGAUUUAAAUUGUAUGUGAAUAAAUUAGCUGUGGUUGUGUUAAACUGAAGUGAAACACCUUUGUGUUGAACUUUUUUUCAAGCCAAUACUACUGGAAAUCAAUCUGUUUCAUUUGUAUUUUUAUGUCGUUGUUGAAUGUGAAACACUGAUUUUUUUGAUUUUUUUCUUGAAACAGGGCUGCAUUUGCCCAUCAUGCUGUAUGAUCUUUAUAAUCAAAAACAAAUCACUGGAAUUGUGUCCUCUGCAGGUUACAACUGUGAAUAAUCAUGAAAAAUAUUUAUUAUUUCACAUACUUCCUGUGCAACUUUUGAUUCUUGAUUUUAAUUUGGUUUAUAUGUGAAAAACAACCACUUCUAAAUGUCAAACACAAACAUUUUUAAUAGACUUUUUAGAAGUGCCAUUAGAACCUAAUAUAAUUUUUGAAAUAAAAGUAUAUUUUCUAGCAAGCAGUGGGUUCAUUGUUAGCAGUGUAGAAACUUAGAGGACAAUCUUUGUGCAGAAUUGGCAUUGCUUAAAAUAAUGAGACAAUUUUGAUCUUUAAUUGUGCAUUUUCUCUGUUUGGGCUUUUGUUUUUGGAGUGUGACUGUGUGUGUGUGCUGUGAAAAUGUGACAAUCUUGAUUUAGGUAUUUUAUUGAGAUUCUACAUAGAAUUAAAUUGAACAACUUUA